GCAGCAGACAUAUUACUCAUACUUUCCUUCACCUCAGCUUUUCUUGAGGAACGAAGAAAGAAAGGGUUUCUUUCGAAUCGUCCUACGUGUUCUUCCUCGUUCCCCCUCCCCCCUGACUUCAUCAUGCUUCGCGGUCUCCGCAAUCGCAUGAAGCGCGCGAACGAGCCGCGGGUGCUCAUCCUCGGUCUGGACAACGCCGGCAAGACGACCAUUUUGAACAAGCUCGGUGUCGCAGAGGAGCACCCCACGGAGGCCCCUGAAGGUCCGACGCAGGGCUUCAACGUCAUGGACGUGCACCGCGACGGCAAGCACGCCAAGCUGUGCGACCUCGGCGGUCAGCGGGCGCUGCGCGAGUACUGGGAGGACUACUAUGCCAACACCGACUGCAUCAUGUACGUCGUCGACUCAUCCGAUCAGCGGCGCCUGCGCGAGGCGCACGAGGCAUUUAUUGACGUCGUGAAGGGUGUGCCGAAUGUGCCGGUGUUGGUGCUGGCGAACAAACAGGACUUAGCCACCGCGAAGGACCCGCAGUUCGUGGCGGAGUCGCUCGAGUUGAACGACUUUCGCGAUCGCCGCUGGCACAUUCAGGGCUGCAGUGCGAAGUCUGGUGAGGGGCUAGAGGAGAGCAUCGCGUGGAUUUUUGACGUGUGCAGCGCUAAGUAA